UGUUUUGUUUUGUUUUUUUUUUUUAAUAAUUGGCGGGUUAGUCCGUGGGCUAGCCCGCCCCGUCCUGGCCUGCGCGGGUUGGCCUGUUUAGGCCCGUUCCCCAGUGGGCCUAAAAAAUCCCAAUCCAAUUCGCAGGCCGUUUUGACAGUUCUAUUAGGUUGUAAUGGGGUGAUGUCAUUAGUUCAUUUAUUUUUUAUUUAUUUUAACAAGAGAAAAUUAAGUGCAAGAUUAUUUAAGGGGUAAGUAGUGCAGUUGAUGAAAAUUAGGCUAGGGACUGAAAGAAGAAAUGGAAAAUUAAUUGGAGAUAGAUUUUAUAACAAUGAGUAACAACUCUAUUUAAAAGUCGCAAUAAAAACCCCUCUGACCAAACGAAACAGACAGCAAUUAAAGAACGGGAUUUGGUUACUUGUCUACAUUCCCAACUUUUAAUUUCACACUUAAAAUUCAAUAACAAUAAAUCUUGAAAAGUAGGGACCACCGAUCCACCACUAAAGACAGUGACAGGUGGCUGCCGACACUCACUCCCCAAAAACCGAACCAAAAUCCCCAACUUCAGGCUCGGAGCCAGGCACGGCGUCAGCCUCGGUUACCCAAAACACGUGUCAUCUGUGGUUCUCAUAGAGGAGCUUUAUAUCUGCCAGUUGCUGUCAUCAACCCCGAAAAAACUGUCCUUUUUUUCUCUCUGUGUAAAUUGUCAGCGUGCACGAUUUUGUACACACAGUACACACACUGGCCGCCUUUCAGUCUCUGGGGAUUUUAUGAGCUGAGAUCAGCAUAACCUCACCAGCCUCAUCACAAACCCAUCUGCCUCCAGACCCACUUUCCUAAAUUUUAUAACCAUAAAAAGGGGAAAAAAAAAAGAAAAAAGAAAAUGCAGCACACGAAAUCCGAAUCCGACAUUACAAGCUUGGCCGCCUCGUCACCCUCGAGAUCCCCCAAACGGGCCAUAUACUAUGUCCAAAGCCCGUCUCGAGACUCGCACGAUGGCGACAAGUCAUCAACCGUGCACGCCACUCCGAACUUCGCAAGCCCUAUUGAGUCUCCCUCUCACCCCUCGUUCGGCCGCCACUCGAGGAACUCGUCCGCCAGCCGCUUCUCGGGCAUCUUUCGUUCGUCCUCGGGCAGAAAAAUGGGCCGCAAGAGGAACGAAAAGGGUUGGCCUGAGUGCAAUGUGAUUGUGGAGGAAGGAAAUUACGACGAGUUUGAUGAUGAGAAGGCAUAUACGAGGAGGUGCCAGGCCUUGAUGGCGAUUUUGGGGUUUUUCGUGCUUUUUACGGUGUUUUGUUUGAUUAUUUGGGGUGCCGGGAGGCCUUUUAAAGCUGAAGUUGCUGUCAAGAGUUUGACGGUCAACAACAUGUACGUAGGUUCAGGUGCGGACUUCACAGGAGUUCUAACUAAGAUGCUGAAUGUGAACUGCUCAUUGAGGAUUGGCGUGUACAAUCCGGCUACAUUCUACGGAAUUCAUGUGAGUGCGACACCUGUCAAUCUCGUCUACUCAGACGUAGUUGUUGCCACUGGACAGCUGAAAAAAUACUAUCAACGCCGGAAAAGCCGGAAGACUCUGUUGGUGCAUAUAGAAGGAACAAAGGUCCCAUUAUAUGGUGCUGGAUCAAAUCUAGUCAUGACAAACAAUGGUGUUCAAGUUCCACUGAACUUGGAGUUCCAAAUCAAGACAAGGGGAGAUGUUGUGGGGAAGCUCGUAAGGACAAAGCAUCGUAAAAGAGUUUCGUGCCCGAUAGUAAUGGACUCGACCAGCAACAAGCCGAUUAAAUUCGAACACGGUUCUUGCACGUACAGCUAAAUUAUUAUUGGUGUUGAAAAAAUUUCGGUGCAAGUGUAAGAAGAUUGGGGAUUUUGUGAGUUGUAAUAAAACUAGGUAUUUGUAAAGAAUGUGAAGGUUCUAUUUUUUUAUUUUUAUUUUUUUCCUUUUUUUGAGAGAGAUUCGUUGUUGUAAUGUUUGAAUUCUUGCACAGGAUUUUUUUUGGGUUUUUGGCUUUGGGGUGUAUAAUGUAUUGUUGUUGCCUUAUACUGUUGUCUUUUACUUUUGUAAUUGUAAUAAUAAUUUAUUAAUAAAAUUCAUUUCGGGUAUGUAUAAUUUAUAUUGGAAUUA